AUAAGCGGAAGUGACCGCCCUCGUAACUGCGAACUUGACUGGCGCGGCGCUCAUUUAAAGCCACUGGCGUCGGCUGGCGUCUCCACAUUUUAUAACUUUUUCGUCUUCGAGCAUGACUGCGGUCACGUGCCGGGUCCAGUUCCUGUUGGACCAGGACCCCUUCAUCUGUACCAACUUUCCAGAACCUCGGCGGCCACCCGCGCUCGACGUGGACCAGGACGCGCCGCUCAGUCAACUCAUUCCUGUCGUUCACAGACUGUUGGACGCGCCCCUCAAGUUGGAGGAGUGCACGCUGCAGACGUGUCCUUACGGCAACUACUUGGACUUGGACUCGUCGCUGUCGGAGCAACGGGAUGAACUGGACGACUUCUACCAGGAUGUCGCGAAGGGGAAGAAGCCCAUCUUGAUCCUGAGGACACAUUUGUCGGUGCGAGUCCACGCCAUUCUGGAAAAGCUGUACAACAGUCACGGACCGGAGCUGCGCCGCUCGCUCUUUUCGCUCAAGCAGCUUUUCCAGGACGACAAGGACCUGGUUCCCGAGUUCGUGGCGUCGGAGGGUUUGACAUGUUUGGUCAAAGUGGGAGCCGAGGCCGACCACAACUACCAGAACUACAUCCUAAGAGCUCUGAGUCAGAUCAUGUUGUUCGUGGACGGCAUGAACGGCGUCAUCCACCACAGCGAAACCCUGGAGUGGCUCUAUGCCUUAACUGGAAGUCAGUCUCGUUUGCUGGUCAAAACGUCCUUGAAGCUCCUCAUCGUCUUCGUGGAAUAUCGAGAAUCCAACAGCCCCGUUCUCAUCGGCGCCGUCAACGCUGUGGAUGUGCGCAGAGGCGCGAAGCCGUGGUCCUACGUGAUGGACAUCCUCCACGAGAAGGGCGGUGACGGCGAGCUCCUGGUCUUCGCCAUGACGUUGGUCAACAAAACUCUGGCGGCGCUUCCAGACCAGGAUUCUUUUUACGACGUCACCGACUGUCUGGAGAGCCUCCGGAUGGAGGAGGUGGUCCGCGGGUUCCUGGCCGACGACAACGCCGGGGCCGACUUGCGGGCGCAGUUGACCAUAUAUGAGGCGGCGUUACGUCACGAAGAUGGAGAAAGCUGGGACUCAUCGGGGCCCGGGCGGAAAGAUCGUCGGAAGAAUCGGCGCUCGUCCGAUCACGGCUCGCCCGACGCUCCCUCUCCGCCUCUUUCUCCGCCUCCUUCCCACUCCCCGCCCACUCUCGGAAGCAGCGACGAGCAGGAGACCCCCAGGAGUCGCUCUUUCCUCAGCCACCGCAUGUCGUCUUUGAGCGUCAGCGGGAAGUCCAGACUCUUCUCCAAGGCAGGCGGAGGAGCGGCGGCGGACACGACCACUUCAGAUCAUCAGCCGAGCGCAGACAGGCUGUCGUUCAACCCGGACGAGUUUAACGUGAACGGGGACGACAAGCCCGUUCUGAGGAGGUUCGAAGACAACUUCCUGCGCAGUUUGGCCGCCUCCCAAUGGGAGAAAAGGAGGCGGAGUCAACACCUGAGCCUCUCCGAGCCGCCCGACGACGCCGUGCCCAAGGAGGACGGAGGAGAUAACAGAGAGAUUCCUGCUAAUGGUACGCCCGAGUCGGAGGAAAGCUCCGAGCCGCCGGAUCCAGCGGCGUCGUGCGGCGUUCGGCGUCAACUCAGUACGCUGUCUGAUGACAGGAAGUUCGUUCUGGACAUGCUCUUCUCCAAAGCGUCCGCCGGCGACGACGACGGGCAACAGGGAGGUCGGGCGUCGGAGCGCCUCUCUGACUCUGCGUCGGAGGAGGCGGGUCCUCCCGGCGAGUUGGAAGGAUCCACCGUGGCCGAAGAGCAACAGAAGCGUGACAUGGGUCAGCCGAGCAGCGUGGACGCCCAGGGUCCCACCCGGCGUCUGGAAAGCACCUCGCUAGGGCCUGUGGAUACGUGGGACCAACAGUUGAGUGGCGCCAGCCUUCGGAUUAAAGAUUUGGACUUCUCAGACCUCAUGGAUGAGGAGGACCUUGACGUCCUGGACACCACGGAUGCUGCCUUUUCUGCGCCUUUGGGGGGGCUCCCGCCUCCUCCGCCCCCACCGCCUGGGGUCCCGGCUCCUCCUCCUCUGCCGCCCGGAGUUCCUGUUCCUCCUCCUCCACCACCCGGACCUCCGGCUCCUCCACCGCCACCACCCGGACUUCUGGCUCCUCCUCCGCCGCCGCCACCUGGACUCCUGGCUCCUCCUCCGCCACCUCUGCCCGGUGGUUCAGCUACUCCCCCUGCACCUUGGGCCAAAUCGCCAUCAGGGACAAAGAAGAAAAAGACUGUAAAGUUGUUUUGGCGCGAACUGAAGCAGACGGAAGCACCGGCCAAGUGCCGCUUCGGACGGGGCACCCUCUGGGCCUCUCUGGACAAGGUCCAAGUGGACACGGGAAAGCUGGAGCACCUUUUUGAGUCCAAAGCUAAAGAGACGCCCAUUGCUAAGAAAGCACCGGAGACCAAAAAGUCUGAGAUCCUGGUUCUGGACUCCAAACGGAGCAACGCCAUCAACAUCGGGAUGACGGUCCUGCCCGCUGUUCACGUCAUCAAGAGUGCCGUCCUCAACUUUGACGACUUUGCCAUCAGCAAGGAGGGCGUGGAGAAGAUCCUGAGCAUGACCCCCACGGAGGAGGAGAAGCAGAAGAUUCGGGAGGCCCGCUUGGCCAAUCCUGACGUUCCCCUGGGGACGGCUGAGGAAUUCCUCUCGAGCCUGGCUUCUAUCAGCGCCCUGACCCCCCGCCUGCAGCUGUGGUCUUUCAAGCUCAACUACGAGACUCUCGAGAAGGAGAUUGCCGAGCCCCUGUUUGACUUGAAGUUGGGCAUGGAGCAGCUGGCCGGCAACCGAACCUUCAAGAAGAUCCUGGCCACGCUGCUGGCCGUGGGGAACUUUCUCAACGGUUCCGAGGCCGGCGGCUUUGAGCUGGCCUACCUGGAGAAGGUAGCGGAGGUGAAGGACACGGUCCACCGUCAAUCUUUGCUCCAUCACGUCUGCAGCCUGGUCACGGAAAGCGAGCCGCGCUCGUCCGACCUUUACUCCGAGAUCCCUGCUAUCACACGUUCUGCCAAGGUGGACUUUGAGCUUCUGGCAGAGAAUCUGCUCCAACUGGAGAGACGCUGCAAGGCAUCCUGGGAAAACUUGAAGGUGGUCUCCAAGCACGAGACCAAAAGCGCUCUGAAGAACAAGAUGGCCGACUUCCUGAAGGAUUGCACGCAGAGGAUCGUCAUUCUCAAAGUGGUCCACAGGAGAGUCAUCAACAGGUUCCGCUCGUUUUUGCUCUUCCUGGGCCAGCCGGCGUCAUCGGCGCGGGACACCAAAGUGACGGGCUUCUGCCGGAUCAUCAGCGAGUUCGCGCUGGAGUACCGCACCACCAGAGAGAGGGCGCUCACCCUCAAACGCAAGCGAGAGAAACACCGAGAGAGGACCAAAACGCGAGGGAAGAUGAUCACAGAGACUGAGAAGUUCUCAGGAGCGGUGCCGCGGUCUGACAGCCCCGCCCCCGUUUCCGCAGAGGAGGAGCACCGGAGUAUGACCCUGAUGCUGACCGAAGACGGACCCACGUCGAGACGCUCUCGCGCCGCCCGUGCUUCGUCCGGUCCGGCCGACCGGUCUUCGUCGCCUCGGGACGAAGACGCCUCGGACGACAUCAUGGAGCGUCUGGUCAAGUCGGUCACCCGCGACCCCGAGGCCAGGGCGUCCAGUCCUAAAAACAGGAAGCGCUCCCGGCUCAACAGGAAGUCUAUGAGGAGGACACUGAAGAGCGGCUUGAGCGCCGAGACGCAACGUGCUUUGGGACUCCAAAAGAGCGGCGAGGAUGUCUGACAGCCGACGGAUGGACAACACCUUCAAAUGAAUUCCCCCCCCCCCCCCCCCCACCUUUGCACGUUUUUUUUUUUCUUUCCUACUCUUGCUCACUUUUCCCCACCCUACACUAAUAAAUAAAUGAAUAUUUAUGAAAAUGAAUUUUGCAUACACUUGAAUGUGAUCAACCCAAGGGCGUAUGCUUGCAUAGGGACAGUUGGGACAUAACUCUGUCAACUUUUCAGGAUGCUCAAAUUGUCCCUACAAACUUUUAAGCAACCUUAUUUGCAUCAUAUUGUGACUUCAGUCAUAUAGGUAAUUUAGAUUGUCUCCCCAUGUGCUGUAAGGAUGUAAUUGAUCCUACCAUUAUUAAGUGAAUUAUUUUCAUUAUGUUCAGACUUGCAUUUACCCCUUUUCACUGCUGAGUGUGCCAAUCCAUUUUUUCCCCUCAAAUGCACGUUUGAUUGGCUGAUGACUUACCCACCAGCCACUGUACAUAAUGUAAAAAGAUGUCAAAGUUGCGGAGGUGGGGAACACACCACAAAUUUUUCUACUGAAAGUCCGACCUGUAUCAGCGUUAGCAUAACAUUAAACUGUGAAAUUGCUAACCUGCAAAAAUGUAUUUUCUACUGUUUACGUUAAUUAAACUGUGAAAAAUGUAGUGAACUGAGGUUUAUCUCCCCCCCCCCACAAUUUUCAUUUUUUAUUUUAUUUAUGUGGUUUUAAAGCAGCCCAAAGUAGCUUUCAUUUUUUUGAGUUUGGCUGUGCUUGUUGACAAUAGCAGUAGUGUCUUACCUGAAGGAAGGCUGAUUUUUAAAAUUUUUGUUAUUCCCUGACUGAGGUUUUUUCAGUUAUAUUUAAUUUAUAUAUAUUUAGAUAUUAUAUAUGUUAAUUUCUCAACAAUGUUGAGUGGUCUUAAGUCAAAUGUUUUUUUUUCUUCAUUCCUGAAUAGUUGAGAUUAUUAACAAGUUUGUAUUGUGUAUUUUAAUAUAAUUUGAGUUCUAAUAUUGAAAUAUAAAUUCGCUAAUUAAAUUCAGACAUUUAUUCAGGAUGUUUUAUAACGGUUUUAGUUUUUAAUCAAACGUUGUAUCACCUGA